AUGGCAUUAGUUGUAUUCGGAAUAAGUGGAUUAAUUGGCAAUUAUAUUUUUGGAUAUUUGCAAGAUUAUUACGGUCGAAAGCCGUCAUUUUAUAUUUAUUUAAUUUUCGAGAUUCUAUCAUGUGGGUUAAGUUCACUAGCAUGGAAUUUUACAUCAUGGCUUGUACUUAGAUUCAUGGUAGGCUUAACAGUUCCUGCAAUCUUGGCUAGCCCAUAUGUUCUAGCGAUUGAAUUAGUUGGACCAACACGUCGUGUAUUUUGUACAAUUGUUUCUAACAUCGCUUAUAGUAUUGGACUUACAUCGCUUGCUGGCAUCGUGUACAUGAUCAGGGAUUGGAGGAUGUUGUCAAUUGCUGUAUCGAUGCCAUUACUACUUCUUUUUAUGUGCUAUUUCACACUACCCGAAAGCCCUCGAUGGCUCGUUGCAACACAUAAAUACGAAAAAGCUGCCAAAGUUAUGAAAACUAUUGCACGAUUUAAUGGUAAAACAUUGCCAGCAAAUUAUGAAAGUACUCUAAAAGAGCGAACAAUGGCAUAUGAAAACAUGCAAAAUAUGCAAUCGACAGAGAAGCAAAGUUAUGGCAUUUGUGAUUUAUUUGCGACCGCAAACAUGACAAGAAAAACCACCAUAAUAACUUUCAUCUGGUUCUGCAUCACAUCGGUAUAUGUGGGUCUGAGCUACUAUGCGCCCUCAUUAGGUGGAGAUGAAAUUUUCAACUUCUUCUUGGCCGGCGCUUGUGAACUUCCAACAUACAUAUUCCUAUGGCCGAGUCUUAGCUAUUUUGGUCGACGAUGGAUAUUGUGUCUCUCUAUGCUUGUCGGUGGUACAGCGUGCUUGGCGACAUUUCUCGUUCAACAUGCAAUGAUUGGACCAACAUUGAUUCCAAUUGUCAACUAUAUGGGGAGUGAGAUGAUAGUUUUGCCAUUAAUUGUGAUGGGAGUUUUGUUACUCUUUGGCGGCUUUGCAAGUUUCUUCCUACCGGAAACAAAAAAUAAAUCUCUUCCACAAACAAUAUACGAUAGUGACUCAAUACCACUCGUAAAUCCAUUCAGUAUUAUUUUUAGUCGCAGACGUAGGAGACAGCAUAAGCAACAUCAUCAGAAUUGUAGUCGACGACAGCAACAGCAAUGUCGAGAGACAGAUGGGGACGUGCAGAUAUGUGAUGUAUGCAAAUUGGAAAAAUGAGAAAGGAUAGGAAGAAAGAUGAAAAGGAAGAAGAUAUGGAUGGAUUUAUGUCUGGGUGGGGAUAAGGGAUGAAAUAUAAAAAAUUCAAAUCAUUGCAUUGUAAUAGUUUUAAAAAAUAUGUAUGUGACUAAGAAUUUAAUAUUAGCAUGUGUGUAUGCAUGUAUGUGUGUGUUUGGGGAUAUUUGAAUAGGAUUAGUUUAAACACUCAAUCGAUCUACAAUCUAUCAAUACCGCACAAUGAGUGAUGGGAAAAUUGAAGUAUGCUGUAGACAUUUAUACACUCAACAAUUGUACAAUUGCAUUCAACCAUCGAAUUGACGAUGGCAAAUGAAACAAAAAAUUUUCUAAUUUUCAAUUUUUGGUGUGUUGGUUUUUUUUUUUGUUCAGUUGAGGUGGAAUGUGAGUGAGGUGGGUUGAUAUGUUCUAGCUAGUCAGACUGGCUGGAUUAAUAUUUUUCAGAGAUCGAAGCCGAUUUUUUCGGCUUAACUCAAUUUUUGAUUUUUUUGAUAGAAAAAAGCCAUUUGACACCCAUUUCAAGUAUUUAAAUUGAACUUUACAUGCUUUACUAUGAUUCUGUGUAAUAUUUUGUCAGCAUGUAGCUAUAGUGAGCUCAGAAUUUCAAUUUAGCCGAUUCUAAGCCGAUCGGCUUAAAUUUCGGCUUAACAUUCUUUAACUUGAAAUUCUGAGCUUCCUAUAGCUACAUGCUGACAAAAUAUUACACAGAAUCAUAGUAAAGCAUGUAAAGUUCAAUUUAAAUACUUGAAAUGGGUGUCAAAUGGCUUUUUUCUAUCAAAAAAUUCAAAAAUUGAGUUAAGC